GAGCCCCAGCCACUAAGGAGAGACUAUAUUGAAGGUACCAUGAGCAAGAUCAGCGACGUGGUGAAGAGGGCCAGGGCCGCCUUCAACUCAGGCCUGACCCGCCCGCUGCAGUUCCGGAUCCAGCAACUGGAGGCGCUGCGGCGCAUGAUCCAGGAGCGCCAGCCGGACAUCGUGGAGGCUUUGGCCGCUGAUCUGCACAAGAAUGAAUGGACCGCCUACUGUGAGGAGGUGGGGUACGUUCUGGAGGAGAUUGCGUAUAUGAUCAAGAAUCUCCAUGAGUGGGUCAAGGAUGAGCCUGUGGAGAAGACUCCUGAGACCCAGCAGGAUGAGUCCUACAUCCACUCGGAGCCCCUGGGAGUGGUCCUCAUCAUCGGCACCUGGAACUACCCCUUCAACCUCAUUAUCCAGCCCAUGGCCGGCGCCAUUGCUGCAGGGAAUGCAGUGGUUCUCAAACCCUCAGAGCUGAGUGAGAACAUGGCAAACCUGCUUGCCACCAUCCUCCCUCAGUAUGUAGAUAAGGACCUGUACCCAGUGAUAAAUGGGGGUGUCCCUGAGACCACAGAGGUGCUCAAGGAGAGAUUUGACCACAUCUUCUACACGGGCAGCUCAGGCGUAGGGAAGAUUGUUAUGACGGCUGCUGCCAAGCACCUGACUCCUGUCACACUGGAACUGGGAGGAAAGAGCCCCUGCUAUGUGGACAAGGACUGCAAUCUGGAUGUGGCCUGCCGACGCAUUGCCUGGGGGAAAUUCAUGAACAGCGGCCAGACCUGUGUGGCCCCUGACUACAUCCUUUGUGACCCCUCAAUCCAGCACCAAAUCGUGGAGAAACUAAAGAAGUCUCUGAAAGAGUUCUAUGGGGAAGAUGCCAAGAAGUCACGUGACUAUGGAAGAAUCAUUAAUGCCCGGCACUUCCAGAGGGUGAUGGGGCUAAUUGAGGGCCAGAAAGUGGCCCAUGGAGGCACUGGAGAUAUGGCCUCCCGCUACAUAGCCCCCACCAUCCUCACGGAUGUGGACCCCCAGUCCCAGGUGAUGCAAGAGGAAAUCUUUGGACCAGUGAUGCCCAUCGUGUGCGUGCGCAGCCUGGAGGAAGCCAUCCAGUUCAUCAACCAGCGUGAGAAGCCCCUGGCUCUCUAUGUCUUCUCCAACAAUAACAAUGUGAUCAAGAAAAUGAUCUCAGAGACAUCAAGUGGCGGGGUGACGGCCAACGACGUCAUCGUACACAUCACUGUGCACUCUCUGCCCUUCGGGGGCGUGGGGCACAGCGGUAUGGGGGCCUACCACGGCCGGAAGAGCUUCGAGACCUUCUCCCACCGCCGUUCUUGCCUGGUGAGGUCUUUACUGAAUGACGAUGCCCACAAGGCCAGGUACCCCCCAAGCCCAGCCAAGGUGAGAGGUGGAGAAUGGGGCUGCCAGGGGAAGCAGGCUGUGCCAGACAGCGCAGGGGCUUGGUCCUCACUGCCCCCACCUGUCCUUCCUUAUAGAUGCCCUGGCACUGAAGAGGGCCACUGCGCCUGGCCCAUCUGUGCUGUGCGGCCACCAGAGGAUGAGACCCCUCUCUUGCUCUCCGACUCCUGGAGCUCCUGA